AGAAAAAUGGCGGCGCCCUUCCGAUGGACUGUCAAACGACUUUUGCAACAGAUGUGUACCAAGGGGCGGCGUCACCACCAUGACACCGCAGGUGCCUCGCUGCCCUACGUACCCCGCAGAGCAGUGCUGUACUGCCCCGGCAAUGAUGAGCGGAAGUUGAGGAAACUGAGCACUCUGGAUGUCGACUGUGCCGUCCUGGACUGUGAGGAUGGCGUUGCCCUUAACAAAAAGACAGAAGCCAGAGAAACCAUUUCCAGGAUGAUGGCCGAACUGAACCUUGGCAGAACAGAGAAGUGUGUGAGGGUUAACUCUGUGUCCAGUGGUUUUGCUGAGGCUGACCUACAAGUUGUCCUACAGGCUGAGAUUCUCCCACCUGCUCUUAUGUUGCCCAAAGUGGAAGACACACAAGAGGUUCAAUGGUUCGUUGACAGGUUUCAGCGCAGCUUGAAAGGACGGCCGCUGACGGAACCUGUUCGCCUGGUGACCUUUGUUGAAACUGCUGUGGGCCUGCUCAACUUAAAGAUGGUGUGCGAGGAAAUCAGGCGACUCGCGCCCGAGGUUGGCCUCCAUCAUGACGGCAUCGUGUUUGGCUCAGAUGACUUCUGCGCCAGUAUAGGCGCCACGCGGACCCAGGAUGCCAAGGAGCUGCUGUAUGCCAGGCAGAAAGUGGUCACCACCGCCAAGGCUUUCGGGCUGCAGGCUAUCGACCUGGUGUACAUAGACUACAAAGACGUGGAGGGGCUGAGGCAACAGGCAAGAGAGGGAGCGUUCAUGGGUUUCACAGGGAAGCAGGUCAUCCACCCCGGUCAGGUCGGAGCCGUGCAGGAAGAAUUCUCUCCCAGUCAGCAGAGAGUCCAGUGGGCUCAAGAACUCAUUGCUGCAUUCGAGCAACACCAAAAAGAAGGAAAGGGUGCGUUCACGUUCAACGGUAGCAUGAUUGACAUGCCCUCUCUCAAGCAAGCACAGAACAUCGUCACACUCUCUGCUGCCAUGCCACAGAAAUAAUAUGUCCUGGUGGACAAAUAAGAGAUGGUGUUGCUUGGAACUGUCGUUUGCCUUACCCCAAGAGUUUUUUUCAUGCCCUCCCAAAAAGGUAUGACUUAUAAUAGAUUGGACAAACUCUUCUCCCAGGAGGGGCGCCAUCAUUCCGUCAUCACACCGCCUCUCUCCUUGAGGUCACCAUGAAAGCAUCUUGAUGGUCAGAGCUGCUGAGCGAACGGGGUAAACAAACACUAUUUUGAUUUGCGGGAGAUCCAUUCAGCGGCUACCCGACCUAUUCAGGGGCCCGUCUCAUAAACGCAGAACGACGUGAACUCGCUAUUUAGCGUCUUUGUGUGGGUCACUUUAGCAAAAGUCAUGCGGCUCCUCGUGCGAGCCUAACUGUGGACGAAUAUAAUAAAAGCUACCUGAUCUAUCGUUUAAGGUGAAGCCACUUUAUUCCAACCGGGUGCCUUUCGCAGUACUCGGGCCCAAGCGCGUCCCCUACUAUCACACUACAAUACAUCCUCGUGGAAUUGCGCUCCGUCAAACUACAGCGGCCGAAAAGUGCUGUUGCCCCAGCAGAGCCGAUCCUAGCUUUUGUCUUCUCCCGAGGAUAAUUGAAGGGGGGUGUCGCGAGUGCUUCACGGUGCCAUUGGUGACCAUGGCAAUGAAAAGCUCCCUUUACACCCCACCUCAUCCACUCAUCUUGCCCUCGCUUUCUUGCCACUGUAUGAUGUAUUGUGUC